UCCCAUCCCGCUGCCCCCGGCGCUCCCCGCGUGCUCCCGGGCGCGGCGCGCGCAGCGGGCUCUGGCCGGCCGGGCGCAGCGGCGAUGGUUUUCCUGAGCGCGCCCUGCUGGCUGCGGGGCCGCCUGACCGACCGCUUCUGGAGGGUGCAGGCGGUGCUCAAGCAUGCGCGACAUUUUCGUGGAAGGAAGAACCGCUGCUAUAAAUUGGCUGUACGAAGUGUUCGGAGAGCUUUUGUGAAGUCUACAAAGGCCAGAAGAGAGAAGAAGAAAUUCAUGAGAGCGCUUUGGAUUACGAGGAUUGAAGCAGCUUCUCUUGAACAUGGUUUGAAGUAUCCAGCUUUCAUAGGCAAUCUGCUUAAGUGCCAGGUGGACCUGAACAGGAAAAUGCUUGCUGAUCUGGCUAUUUAUGAGCCAAAGACAUUCAAGUCCCUAGCUGCCUUAGCUCAAAGGAGGAGACAAGAAGGCUUCCUUGAUGCCCUUGGGGAUGGAAAAGAACCAGAAGGAAUAUUUUCACGAAUUGUGCACCAUUAUUGAAGUGACAGGCAUAACCUACAAUUGUAGCUGCCUAGUCUAAGCAGAGACUUGUAUUGCAAAGUAAGUUUGCACCCCAGAGUACAAAAAAGAUCAUGUCUGUGAAACAAGAUCCUCUAAAAUCAGUCUAGCAAGAAAGAAGGAAGACUUAGACAACUAGCUUGUAAACUCGAAGGCAGUUCUUUUUCCUUAGUGGUUUUGGUCAAAAUUGCAAUCUAAGUUUAACAGGGAUAAACCCUACUGUGCAGAAGUCACUCUGUGUAAAAACAUUGUGUAAACAUUUUUGUUCUGUAACAAUCCAAUAAAGGUUUUUUUUUUAUGUAUUAUGAAAAUA